AUGGCAGAUCCCAAUCCGAUCAUCGACCUGACUGGUUCAAGUCCCGAGCCAGGUUCUGGUUCCGAGUGGGGCGCUGAUGAAAGUGAAUACCUUCUAUCUUCAGCCCUGUCGCAAGCUAAUACCAUCAAGUCCGCGCUACAGCGCAUCUCUGAAGGAAGUGACAAGAGCCUGACCGGUUCGGGUUCCCAGGCAAGUUCUGAGGCACAAUUUGAGAGGGGACCUCAUGAGGCAGAACACCUUCGAUCGUUAGCCCAGCCGCAAGGCAAUAUCCCAGAGGCCGACCCACGAAACCCCUUUGAAGAAAUUGACAAGUGCAUGGCUGAGUUAGGUUAUCGGAACCUUGAUUCAGGUCAUCAGGAAAGUCCUGAGACACAACUCGACUGGGCAUCUAGUGAAAUAGAAUACCUUCUAUCGCUAGCCCAGCCGCAAGGCAAUAUCCCAGAGGCCGACCCACAAAACCCCUUUGAAGAAAUUGACAAGUGCAUGACUGAGUUAGGUUAUCGGAACCUUGGUUCAGGUCAUCAGGAAAGUCCUGAGACACAACUCGACUGGGCAUCUAGUGAAAUAGAAUACCUUCUAUCGCUAGCCCAGCCGCAAGGCAAUAUCCCAAAGGCCGACCCACAGCACCCUUCUGAAGGAAAUGACAAAGGCUCAGCCCACAACCGGCCAUCUACCCCGAAACCACCCUCAAAUCACUCCUGGCCAGCAGAAUCCGAGGUUUCAAUCUCCCCGGCCACCCUUCGAAGGGAAGAAGCAGCAGCAGCAUUUAGAAACGACUUCGAUGUCUUUCUAGAUAACGAAUAUCUCUGCUCGCCCCUCAACGACUUAUUCCAGGACAUCAACACUCCUGACACCGGCAGAGUGUAUGAAAACUACAGAAUCCCAGGGGGGGACACUCCCGAUCCCGCCCAGGCUCUCCAACCCACGAGCUUCGAUGCAGUCAUUGAUCAAGCCUCUUGGGACCUCGUCCAUGGCUGGGACUCUGUCUAUGGUACAAACCAGCCCAGUUUCGAACGCCUGUCCGAUGCCGAGCUAGGCAUCUCACCGAGCGUUUUGCAGAACAUAUGGGAUUGCCACUUUAAUCUGGACAGUCCCACAUCUACAGCUCCUCCGAUAUUGCGAAUCGAGGAUCCCCUUUCUACCUCUCGCUCUUACUCGGUCGUGGCUCAUCCGCCCAGUCCUCCUAGACUGACCGGAGCUCAGAGGUCACAGUCGGCUGAUCCUCCGGCUAGGUCUGUGGCUCGCACGGCCUCCGAGUCGCCCUUUGAUAUCCGGGGGCAGCAGUCCAGCCAUGGCCCGGGUAUUGCGGCUUCUGGUGCUACGAACUUAUCUCAGAGGGCGCCGCAAGGUGAUGAUGGCUCUGCUGAGCCCGAGGCUAGCUCGAGCUCUGGUUCUUCGGCUAGUCCUCCUCCUAAAGCGACCAAAUCUCAGAGGACGCGAGCGUCUAAUGCUUUGGCUAGGGCAGAGGCCAGCACUGGCCCUGUUUCUUCGGCUAGGCGUUCUAGAUUAAUUGGAUUUCGGAGGUCGCAAUCCACUGAUGCUCCGGCUAGGGCAGAGGCCAUCACGGCCUCUGAUCCUUUGCUUAGUCGCUUGGCUAAUCGUCCUAGAUUGACUAGAUCCCAAGUAUCGCUGCCAAAUCAGGCUCGGGCCAGAGCCACCACGGGUGGUCCUUUGGGUAGUGAUCCUGUGUCAAUUAGAUCUCUGAUGUCGCAGUCAGGUGAUAGCUUGGCUAGGGCUGCCGCUGAGGCCACCACGCCUUCUGAAACUUCGGCCACUCGUCCUAUAACGAUUAGAUUUCGGAGGUCGCAAGCAAAUGAUGGCCCGGCUAGGGCUGAGGCCACCACGGCCUCCGAUCCCCUGGCUAUUCAUUCUAGAUCAAUCGGAUCUCGGAUAUCACGUUCAAAUGAUAGCUCGGCCAGGGCUAGGGCCACCACGGGCUCUACUCUUUGGGCUAGUCGUCCUUCACUGAGUAGCUCUCGGAGGUCGCGGCUAAUUAGUUUACUGGCUGAAAAUGAGGCCAUCAUGACCUCCAGUCCUUCAGCUAGUCGUCCUAGAUCGAGCGGAUCUCAGAGGCCGCGGCUAUGUGAUUUACUGACUGCUGAGAUUGAGAAUCAGGCCAUUUUGGCCUCUAGUCCUUCAGCCAGUCCCCCUAGAUCAACCGAAUCUGGGAUAUCGCGUUCGAAUGAUAGUUCCCAUAGGGCUAGGGCCACCACGGGCUCUGGUCCUUCGGCUAGUCAUUCUAGAUCGAUCAAAUCUCGGCUGUCGCAGCUAGAUAAUCUCCUGGCUGAGACUAAUGCCGUGGUCUCUAGACUUUUAGCUAGUAGUUCUAGAUCGAACGAAUCUCGGACGUCGCAAGCAGAUAAUGGCCUGGCUAGGCCUCAGGCCAUCACGGCCGCUGCUCGUCCAGUUAGCUCCAGGUGGAGCACAUCCCGAGGUUUGCAGUCGGAUGAUGGCCCGGUCAGGCCUGAAGUCAUUACGAUCUCGAGUCCUGAGGCUGCCCCAGCAGCCGAAGUUUCGGGUAGUUCUGGAAAUGAUGAUUCAAACAGCCCUAAAGUUGCCACACCACCCGAAGAGGUCAACACAUCUGCAAGUGACGCUAGUUCGGGCAUUUCUCAAUAUGAAUUCUAUACAGAAAACAUGAACGAAACAGCCCCCUUCAAAUGCCCUGUCCCGCGAUGCAAGUACAAAGGAACGUUCAAGAAAAAGGCCUCUCUGCGGACCCACAUCCGCGAGCAACACACUAGACGAGGCCCCAAGUUCCAGUGCCCCGUAGAGGGUUGCCGGGCAACAAGAAUCCGGAAAGCAGACAUGACUCGCCAUCUGAAAAAGGAUCAUCCGGAACCUGAUCCGGGCGUCCCUGUCCGUACAGUCCGCCCCCCUAAGCGUCGCAUUCUUACCCUCCGCCCUCCUGCGCGUCGUGCUCUAACUCUCCGGCCUCCUGCGCAUCCUCCUACACUCAACCCUCCUGUAGACGAUUCUCCUCCACCUCGUUCCGCUAGAGGCCGCCAGAAUUCCAAGAAGAAGUGA